GCACUUCCGGUAACAAUGCUGCGCCGAGGGCAGCCGCAGUCCUUGCUGAGAGUCGUAGUUACGAACACCCCUCUGGAGAAAAGGCUGGGCGCGUGCUGGGUCACGUGGCAGGCCGCGGGGGCCGCCGGGAUGUGUAGUCCGCAGGAGGCCGACAUGAAGGCGGUGGACUUGAGGAUGGUGACCCGCAGGCCCCGCUGCGUUCAGGGCGCCGGGCCGCGCGGCGACAAGGAGGAGGCCACGCCGCUCCGGAAGGGAGAGGCGGCUGCAGAAGGAAGUCAAAGCCACCGUCCCAUGAAGCGCCAGCGAAAGGCACAGAGACUGUGUGUGGCCUACGAGGCUGCGGAUGGGAAUGGUGAGGAAGGCAAGGAGGCCGAUCCACUCCAGGCACAGUGCUGGGAGCCUCAGGAUUGGCGGCAGCAGCUGGCGAACAUCCGAACCAUGAGGAGCAGGAGGGACGCGCCUGUGGACCAGCUGGGUGCUGAACACUGUUAUGACCCCAGCGCACCCCCAAAGGUGCAGAGGUACCAAGUGCUGGUCUCGCUGAUGCUAUCCAGCCAGACCAAGGACCAAGUGACAGCAGGAGCCAUGCAGCGGCUACGGGUGUGGGGCCUGACGGUGGACAGCAUCCUGCGGACAGACGACAGCAUGCUGGGCACACUCAUCCACCCCGUAGGCUUCUGGAGGAGCAAGGUGAAGUUCAUCAAGCAGACUAGUGCCAUUCUGCAGCAGCGCUAUGGCGGAGACAUCCCCUCUUCUGUGGCAGAGCUGGUGGCCCUGCCAGGUGUUGGGCCCAAAAUGGCACACUUGGCUAUGGCCACGGCCUGGGGCACUGUGUCAGGCAUUGCUGUGGACACACACGUACAUAGAAUUGCCAACCGGCUCAGGUGGACCAAGAAGCAGACAAAGGCCCCGGAGCAGACCCGCGCCGCCCUGGAGGAGUGGCUGCCCAGGGAGCUAUGGGGCGAGAUCAACACACUGCUGGUGGGCUUCGGCCAGCAGAUCUGCCUGCCCCUCCACCCACGCUGCCAGAACUGCCUCAAUCAGGUGCUGUGCCCUGCUGCCCGGGGCCUCUGAAGUGCGGGGGACUUGGCCAGGUGGGCGGGAAUGCCACCUCUGGCCAUGUGUGUGUGUUACAUGCCUUUGCUUGAGAGCAGGAGUCUGUUUAAUAAAGUCUUGGAGUAUUUGC